UCUAAACGUAUAUGUUCUUCCCCUUCAGAAGCUUCAGUAAUGGCGAACAUUCGAGCAGUUUCUGCGACAAUCUUCAUCUUUGCUUUGGCUGUCGCCUCCCACUUGGAGACGUCGGAAUGUUUUCUUGUCAAGAGCAGAGUCUCUUGCCUUGAUUGUCCUCCCGAUUUCGACUACUCAGGAAUUAAAAUUCUCCUAAAGUGCGACGGAGAGAAAAAGCCGGCGACCGCCACUGCCACGAAGGACGGCGGAUUCCGGGCAGAGCUUCCCGCCACCGGCGUUAACUGUCUUGCAAAGAUACAAGGAGGUCCUGACCAAAUUUACGCUCGCAAACACAACAUGGUCUCUCCGAUAAUUAAGUCUGAAUUCGAACCGAACACUUACAAAACCUUAAACGCUCUAUCUUUCUCUCUGUCUUGCCCUAAACCCACCGGAGAUUUGGCCGGAGAUAUGAACGGAUCUUCGAAGACAAUCGAUCUUUUCCCGGGGGCCGGAGGGUUUGGAUUUCCACCCACCGGUUUAAUGCUCCCGUUCUUGCCAAUCAUCGGCAUUCUUUGUUAGUGAUAUUGAUGGUGUUUUGAUGACGUGAGUGCACUUCAAAUGGAUUUAAAGCUUGUUGUUUGGUUUGUUUGUUUGUUCCAUAAAUGUUGGAGGUUUGCGAGGGUAGAUCCGGUAUUCUAUGUUGUUGUUGUAAUAAUAAUGAAGAAAAUGUUAUUGUUAAUGUUGUUUUAAGCCAAAUA